AUGAGCGAUGUCGGUACUAUUGUAUGGUGUAAACCUGGUAAACCGAGACCUAUACAUUCUGUUGAUAAUAUCAAAGCACAUGAGCAACUAUGGGAUGUUAUCGGCUGGAACUUUAAAGCGUUUAGUAGAGAUGAUGGAUAUAUGAAUUCAGCUACUUAUCUUCAUCUUCCUCCUACACAAGUUGGACCAUAUACUUCAAAAUUAUGA